AUGAAUCAGCUGUGUAGACGACACCAGUGCAACGCAGACUCCGGCCAUCAGAGGGCGCCGGCGCAGCCGGGCUGGGGCUUCCUCGGUGGGGGCGCCCGGGAUGGUCCGGGCUGCGCGGCGCACAGUUCCCCAGUUCCACGCCUCGCGGCGCGCUUGGCCGCCUCUUCUAUAAUAGCAUUUGAUGAGCUGAAGACUGAUUACAAGAAUCCUAUAGACCAGUGUAAUACCCUGAAUCCUCUACUGGCGAUCUUGUCAGCUGUCAAUACUAACAUUCUUCCAAUCUGCUUUUUACAUUGUCGGCCAAAGACAGUUGAAAAGGUCAAAAAGAUUAAAAGAGUCAAAAUUGCACUAAAGCUGGUCCUCCCCGAGUACCUCAUCCACGCUUUCUUCUGUGUCAUGUUUCUUUGUGCAGCAGAGUGGCUCACCCUGGGUCUCAAUAUGCCUCUCUUGGCAUACCAUAUCUGGAGGUACAUGAGUAGACCGGUGAUGAGCGGACCAGGACUGUACGACCCCACAACCAUCAUGAAUGCAGACAUCCUAGCGUACUGUCAGAAGGAAGGAUGGUGCAAACUAGCUUUUUACCUCCUAGCAUUUUUUUACUACCUAUAUGGCAUGAUCUAUGUCCUGGUGAGCUCUUAGAACAGCACGCACAAGAAUGGUCUGCUUAAGCGCAUGCGGAAGCCACCACAGGAAGGGACUCCAUCCGGCAAGGUCCUGUUCCCGGGAGUAGCCCAUGGGAUCUGAUGAGUUACUUUAAAACAAUGACUAUUUUUAAAUGUUUCCACAUUUUUUGCUUGUGGAAAGACUGUUUUCAUAUGUUAUACUUGGACAAAGAAUUUAAGUGGAAUCACGUAUAAAUUAAUAUCAAAUGAUUACCUCUGGUGUUGACAGGUGGAACUUGCACUCCUUAAGGAACAGCCAUACUCCUUCGAAUGAGCGCAUUAAUUACCGACUGUCCUAGUCCCUGGGAAGCUUUUGUUUAUAGGAACCUGUAGGGCUCAUUUUGGUUUUUUGACAUGCCAUCUCACUAUAAAGUAGCUGUAGAUAAUCAGGUGCUUCUGAUGAAGUGAAAAUGUAUAUCUGACUCGUAGGAAACUUGAUAGGUUUCCUCAUUUAUCAUGUAGAUGAUUAUAUCUGGAUAUAUUACAAAAAUAAGAAGAGUGGGAUUUUUUCCCCCUUUGACUUGAAUAUUCAUUAUCCCUGUAUAGUGCAUGAGUGAGAGAUUUUCCAUGUUUCCAUCAGAGUAAUAUACUUACUUGCUUUAAUUCUUAAGCAUAAGUGAACAUGAUAUAAAAAUAUAUGCUGACUUGUGAAGAAUGCAUUUAAAGCUAUUUUAAAUGUGUUUUUAUUUGUAAGACAUUACUUAACUAAGAAUCUGGUUAUAUUACGCUUACUCUUCUAAUCUGGUGGUAAAGGUAUCUUAAGAAUUUGCAAGUACUUUAGAUUUUCGAAACUGAACGAGAGAGAAAACUGUAUAACCAUCCUGCUGUUCCUUUAGUGCAAUACAAUAAAACUCUGAAAUUAAGAUUCAUUU